AUGUUGACUGGAGACACUCAUCUGGCUAGAACAUGUCGUACAUGGCAGCGGUUGCAGGACAUUCUUGACGUCAAGGAAAUCAAAGUCGAUGGAAACAGCUUGGACACUGCCUCAGUUGUGGCAGUAGCACAGUUGUCAGAGGAUCCUUUGGUGGCGAGGAAAAUCAACGACAGUGUCCGCAUGCUGAUGGACCACCUAGAUAAUAAUUACUGUGUCUACGGCGUCAACACGGGAUUCGGGGGGAGCGCAGACUCUCGCACUGAUUCUGCGACAGCAUUGCAAGCGGCUCUAUUGCAGCUCACUCAGGCAGGAGUACUUGUUGAAACUGAUAAACAUCCGAACGCCGGCAACUCAAAUGGCCGCCUCCAGUCCCAUUCGAUGCCUGCCACUUGGGUACGAGGCAGUAUGAUAAUACGCUGCAAUACCAACGCUCGUGGCCAUUCUGCAGUCUCGCUCCCAGUCCUUGAAUCUUUGCUUGCUCUCCUGCGACAACGCAUCACGCCCAUCGUGCCCUUGCGCGGCUCCAUAUCUGCUUCGGGAGACUUGAUCCCUCUAUCGUACAUCGCCGGUACGAUAGAAGGAAGUCCAGAUGUGUUCGUCCAGGUUCAGAAUCCCGACUCGAAGGAUUCGAGGAUUAUGUCCGCUCGCGAUGCGUUGCUACAAAGCGGAAUUGAGCUCCGCAGCAUGGGACCUAAAGAAGGACUGGGCUUGGUGAAUGGCACAGCCUUUUCCAGCUCCGUCGGCGCCCUCGCCCUCUACGAAACCAACCACCUAGCAAUCCUAGCGCAAGCCCUAUCCGCAAUGGGUCUUGAAGCCCUCACCGGCAACGCAGAAUGCCUUGCCCCAUUCAUCCAACAGGUGCGGCCGCACGACGGACAGAUCGAGUGCGCGCGAAAUGUCCUACACUUCCUCCAAGGAUCUCACCUUGCCUACGGCAUCCGCCAGACCCAGUCCCGCCAUCGCACAGGACUCGCGCAGGACCGCUACGCCUUCCGCAGCGUCCCUCAAUGGCUCGGCCCCUACCUCGAGGACCUCCUUCUCGCUGACCAGCAGAUCACCACUGAGUUAAAUUCCACGUCCGACAAUCCUCUCAUCGAUACUGAGUCCAACCGCACCUUCUCCGGUGCCAACUUCCAAGCUACUGCCAUCACCUCCGCCAUGGAAAAGACCCGCCUUGUCCUGCAGAUGUUCGGCCGUCUCGUCUCCUCGCAGGCCACCGAGCUCAUCGACCCUAACUUCAACAACGGCCUCCCCACUAACCUCGUCGCCGACGACCCCAGCUUGUCCUUCACCAUGAAAGGCCUCGACAUCACUCUGGCAGCAUACAUGGCCGAGCUCUCCUACCUCGCCGGUCCCGUCAGCUCCCACGUUCAACCCGCCGAAAUGCGCAACCAGGCCGUCAACUCCAUGGCCCUCGUCUCUGCCCGGUACUCCAUGCAAGCCAUCGACCUGGUCUCGCUGAUCUGCGCCACAGGCCUCUACAUCACCUGCCAGGCCCUCGACCUCCGCGUCCUCCACCUCACCUUCCUGCAGAAAAUCCCCUUCGCCAUCCAAGACCUCACCGUGGAGCAUUUCUCAGACCACCUCCCACCCCACGACCUCGCGAUCCUCUCCCGCAAGAUCUCUCUCCACAUCGAAGAAUCCUGGCCUACAACUACCCGUCUCUCUCUCCCCAUGCGCUGCCAAUCCGUCAUCCACUCAACCUCACACCUCCUCCUGGAUACCUUCGCCAACACCAACACCAACACCACCACCAACCCCCUCCCCACCAUCCACGCCUUCCAAACCGCCGCCACAAAAACCCUAUCCGACAUCUACCACUCCACAAGAUCCCACUUCCUCACGCACCCCUCCCAAACCACCACCGACUUCCUAGGCCUCGGAUCCAAGGCCCUGUACCGGUUCGUGCGCGAAGACCUCCGCGUCCCGUUCCACCGGGGUCUCGAGGACCAUCCGACGGCGAAGGGGUAUGACUGCCCCGAGGGCCGGCAGAAGCGGACGGUUGGGUCGUGGGUGUCGGUGAUCUACGAGGCUAUUCGGAAGGACGGGGCGAUGCGCGCUUUGGGGGGUGUUUUGGAGGGCGUUGAGGGUGGGGGGUAG